GCGUUGAGCUACCUCAACGCCUGAAUCUGGAGGCUUUUGCGGUGAUGUGCAGAAAUGGUGUUGAGUUUCCUGAACUGCACGUCUUCACAAACACGUCAUCGUCCACUCACUCACUCUUCAUUAUCUUCCAUCCAUUCUACCGGACGCCCGCUCAUCUCCUCUGCGGCUUGCAUACUGCAGCCGGAGGACAAGGAACAGAAAGGCGGAGGUGACAUUGCAGUGCGCACUGUUUUUUUUUUUUUGCCACUGCCCACAAUGGCGAGUGCCCAAGCCAUGCCCAUUUCCGUUUGGGAAAAGUUGACGGAAGCCCCGGAGGAUGCUAUUCUCGGGGUGACGGUCGCAUACAAUAAGGACCCGAAUCCGGUCAAGCUGAAUCUUGGAGUCGGAGCUUAUCGAACGGAUGAGGGAAAGCCAUUGGUUUUGGAAGUCGUCCGGCAAGCUGAAGCUCGUCUCGUGGCCGACAGGAGCCGCUAUAAGGAGUACUUGCCGAUCGUUGGCCUUGCUGCAUUCAACAAGCUAAGCAAGGAAUUGGCAUUCGGCGCUGACCAUCCGGCUGUUGUAGCGAAUCGCAUAACAACGGUGCAAGGUCUUUCCGGGACCGGGUCGCUGCGCGUCGGUGCAGAGUUUAUGGGCCAGCACUACCACACGCCCAUCAUCUAUGUCCCAGUCCCAACCUGGGGCAACCACAACAAGAUAUUCCCGAAGGCGGGUCUAAAAGUGCAAUCGUAUCGCUACUACGACCCCGCGACGAGAGGCCUGAAUUUCACCGGAAUGAUGGAGGACCUAAAAGCGGCUCCGGAUGGGGCCAUCAUUCUGCUGCAUGUGUGUGCACACAACCCCACUGGUGUCGACCCUCUCCCCGAGCAGUGGGACGCCAUUCGACAGCUCAUCAGAGCUAAGGGGCAGUUUCCGUUCUUCGACAGUGCGUAUCAGGGGUUCGCGAGCGGGGAUCUCGAUGCCGAUGCGUACGCGUUGAGGAGUUUCGCGGCGGACGGUGGCGAGCUCGCGCUUGCGCAGAGUUACGCCAAGAACAUGGGGCUUUACGGAGAGAGGGUUGGCGCGCUGAGUAUGGUUUGCGCGACUGCAGCGGCUGCGAAGCUUGUCGAGGGCCAGCUGAAGCUCGUCAUCCGCCCGAUGUACUCCAGCCCUCCACUCCAUGGUGCAGCCAUCGUAGCGACCGUACUAAGCGAAGAGAAGUUGCUUCACGACUGGAAGGCCGAGCUCAAGGGCAUGGCUGACAGGAUCAUUGAAAUGAGGCAUAAGCUUUAUGACGCUCUGCUGCAGAGAGGUACACCAGGCGACUGGACUCACAUCCUGAAGCAGAUUGGCAUGUUCACUUUCACAGGCCUGACCAAGCCGCAAGUCGACUUCAUGAGAGAGAAGUAUCAUGUCUAUAUGACAGGUGACGGACGCAUUAGCAUGGCCGGGUUGAGCACGGCGACGGUGCCUCACCUCGUGAAUGCAAUUGACGAUGCGGUAAGAAACAUAGCGUAAGCGAACAUUUCUGCAACUGCAAAUCGAAGAACAUUGAUUGAGAGAAGAUUUGUACAAGUCACGUCGGCAAGCAGAGAGGAGAGGAGAGAGAAGAGGAGAGGAGAGAGGAGAGGGGAGAGGGAGAGGAGAGGAGAGGAGAGGAGAGGAGCAGAUGUGGGGAAACUUGCGUCUUUUCUUCUCAGGUGGGCGAGUCACUGAUGAGUGGUUAAAAAAAAGAAAAAAGGAAAUCCCAUUAUCUUUUGAGAGGGACUCUGGACCUGCUUUCCAGCAUUUAAACAAAACGAGGAUGACGAGCCGUAAUGCUCCAAAAGAGAAGAACUACUGAGUAAGUUAUUAUGUACAGUUGGGGAAGAAUUGUGGUGGUGCUGAGAUCUCUGGGGAGCAGCUGGCGAUUGGUGAAACUUGUUCAGUUAUCGCAUUUCCAGCAUGGAUAGUAUAAUGCUGUUUUCUUCUUCUUCUUCUUCUUCUUCUUCUUCUUCUUCUUCUUCUUCUUCUUCUUCUUCUUCUUCUUCUUCUUCUUCUUUCGCUUAAUUAAGCAAGGGAG